AGGACCGAAUAGAAGAAAUGAAGGCACCCUCUGGCUUGACUAUUUUUCUCUCUCUCUUUUGGUUAGUUAAAAGCACGUUAUUAGACAAGAAACAAUAUUAUCAGUAGAGAACAUUGACGCUCACAGUUUCCUGUGGGGAGUAUAUUCAUAGACGGAAAGUGAAACUACAUACGGUCAUUAAUACACGUCGAUCUUCCUGGACGCGAAAAGUGGUCGUCUGUCUUGACAACUAAAUGGAGAAUUCUUCACAUUUAGGUUUGAGCAGAUGACCAGAUACUCAGAAGUGCAGUUUAUGGUCAGCUCCUGUAGCUGGACUAUUCUUACAGAUACACAUUAUUUACAGACACUGCUCAAAUGUAUUGGUACGAGGCAAGUAGAAUCUUGUCUGGAGAAAUAAUAUUUGUAUAUGGUUAGCCCUCUGGAAGUGGAAGCGACUUGCUCUAGAAAACUGCACAUCCUUUGGUCUGAACUUAAACCCAGAGAAGUGGAUUUAUUGAAAGCUAUCACUGCAGCCUGUGCCAACAUGGGGAACUUUUGGGAUUGUUGUGGACGAAAAAAUCCAUGUGACCAUACAGAGGACGAGACUAAAGGUUUAUUGCACAGCUCUGAAUCAAAGACAUCAACUAAGGCAGGAACGGAAGUCUGCACCAGUCCAACUUCAGAUGAAGAGCACAGGCAUGAAGAUGAAACAAAACCACAGCUGGGUGAAUCGGUUAUAACCAAGCAGCCAAAUGCCAGCGCUCAAAUUCUUAAUCCACAGAGCUCUUACCCUACAACAAUAUCACUAUUAACGGCUCCAACAGAAGCUAUAAUCUUAGCUGCAGAACCACCAAAAACAGAGACUGAAAUCACGGAAGAAAUCCAAAACAUUGAAGCUGAAGUCUCAGAAGCACCUCAAGAUACAGUCCAAGCACCUGCGGAGAACGUUGCCUCGAUGAAAGGGGAGAUAGAGGCUCCGCAUGGGUCAUUUGAAGAGGUAGACAUCACAGCUGCACUGACAGAUGAUGCAGGUGCUACCGCAACAAGUUCAGACUCAACAGUCUCAGCUGCUGUGGAGACACCUGUUAAGGAAGCACCUGUUGAAGAAGCGACUGUGCUUGCUCAGGUAGAAUCUGAGAACUCCUCCCAACCAGAGCCAGAAACACAUGUGGAGAUGAUUGUAGAAGAGAAGGAAAUGAUCCAAACUGAGGAACUAACUCUGAGUGACACCAAUGAAGUGACACAUGAAGAGGCUGAGAACUCCUCCCAGCCAGAGCUAGAAACACAUGUGGAGAUGAUUGUAGAUGAUAAGGAAAUGAUCCAAACUGAGGAACUAACUCUGAGUGACACCAAUGAAGUGACACAUGAAGAGGCUGAGAACCCCUCCCAACCAGAGCUAGAAACACAUGUGGAGAUGAUUGUAGAUAAGAAGGAAAUUAUCCAAACUGAGGAACUAACUCUGAGGGAUGACACUGGGGAUAUUUCAUUGAUGGGCAACAGCAGCAAUGAACCUGACUCAUGCGCUUUAGGUAAGUCUAAUGAGUCGGAUGUUAUUGAGGAAAGUGUAGCUGAAGUGACUGCUGAGGAACCCAUCAUUGAGCAAACAGCUGAGGUAGAGGACAAACUUUCAGAGGAUAUUCAUUCUGAGAUGGCAGAACAGAAGCAAGUGACGUCUGAAGUUUCUCAACCUCAGGAACAUUCACAGGAAGCUUCAUCUCCAAAUGUGGAUAUUACCAAUGGACUCUCUCCUGUCAUAGAACAUGGUCUUGUGAAGGACCCUGGGAGUCUGAAAGUUGAGAAUGAAAUGAAUGAUGUCAUGGCGGUGGAAAAGCUGCCUCAAACAGAAGACAUAGUCCAGGAAUCAAAUGAAGAAACCUUGGAAACUGAGAGUAAAGAGCAACUGUCAUCUAAACCCUCUACACAAACUGACAGCACUAUUGAUGUGGAAGUAAUGGAUUCUGUGAAAGAUCUAGAGAAGAGUGAAAAGGUUGCAGAGCAAGAGCGCGAGACUACAGAACUCGUUCAGAAUGGCCUGGAUUCCACAAGUGCCUCAGUGCCAUCAAGCCCCAUUGAGAAAACCAGACUCACUGAACCAACCAGUGAUUCAGUUGCUCUAGAAGACACUGAGGACAAAGGUGAGGUUCCUGUGUUGAACGAGCCAAAAUUAGUGGAGGAAGUUGUAAAAGAUGCAGAAACUGGACCUCAACAAACAGAAGAUGAAAAGGAGAAACAGGAAGAGGAAGCAAGUGUUGCCAAGGAAAAUGAAGGAAAAGAAGACACUUCCGCCACCCCAAAAUCAGAGAUCCUUUUUAGCAGUAGCACAGUAGAGGUGAAGCUGAUACAGAUACAGAAAGAUACAGAAGAAAGUAUGGAGGAAGCACACGAGACACUGGAUGAGUAUGUGAGUGCAUACCUAUAUCUGGGAGCUGAGGAGAUUGAAAUGGGAGCCAGCUAUAACAAGACAUCCAAACCACUGCUGGAGCUCACAAUUCCUGGUGUAGAGACCAGAUGUAGCUUAGCACCAGCUGUGGACAUACUGGCCUACAGUGAGAGAGAAUGGCAGGGAAACACGGCCAAAAGUGCUCUCAUCAGAAAGGGCUACAGUGAGAUGUCCCGCAGCUUUAGCGGACUGAGGAGAGUCAGAGGCGAUAACUACUGUGCUCUACGAGCUACACUGUAUCAGCUGCUGGCAAACAGCACAGCUAUGCCCACCUGGCUGCAGGAUGAAGGCUUUCUAUUGUUACCAGAGAAGAUUGAAGCUCAGGACCAUUUGAUUGGUGGAUGGGUGUUUCCUCCAGAAUGCAAGUUAGGAAGUGAGAAGGAAAGUUCUGUGGAGAGAAUAAAAUGUUAUUUGGAUCUCCUUAAGAAGAAGUGGCAGGCAGCAGCAGCCUGUGAGAGCUCCGAGGAGAAGCACAAUUUGUGUGAGCGUGUGUUUCAAGGCGGAGAAGAGGAGUAUGGUCUUCUGGAAGCACUAAAGUUUCUAAUGCUGGCCAAAGCUGUUGAGCUUCAUCACAACAUGACGGCAGAUCAAGAAGUGCCUGUGUUCUGCUGGCUCCUUUUUGCCCGCGACACAUCCGAAAACCCCCAAACCCUCCUGGCCAAUCACCUGAGCCAGAUCGGCUUCAGUGGAGGGGUAGAACAGGUAGAGAUGUUUCUACUGGGCUAUGCCUUAAAGCACACCAUUCAAGCCUUCCGUCUGUACAUGACUGACACAGAGGAAUUUGUGACACAUUACCCAGACGACCACAAGCAGGAGUGGCCCUGCAUGUGUAUCGUCACAGAGGACGAUCGCCAUUACAACGUCCCUGUCAGGAGGAGCGUUCAACACCAGCACAGAGAAGAUAUCACGAUGACCUAACAACGGAGACCUCAGAGAACAAAUCUGGUCUACAAAGUGGCAUGAUGUUUGUUUUUUGAUAAUUUGUUGGUCAUCCAGUGAAGGGAAUUUACAGCAAUUUACCGAGAUCAAAUUGCAAGCAGAAGUGCUCAGGUUUUUCCUCUAAAUGAAUCACAUCAUCAGCCUGUCAGGAAAUGCUGUGAUGAUUAACACUGCUUCAGAAAGGGGGGAAAAAAACCCUUACUGCCUUUUUACUUUAACCCUGUUAUUUUUUGUGUUAUGCACUGUUGGAAAUUGCGUUGAUUUACAUUGUCAAUGUUAAAAAAAAAGUUUAGCACAAUAAUUUGAGAGAAUUUUAAUUCAAAAGAAUGUAUUGUGGGUAGGCUAUAGUAUGGGAAAUGAGAUAAUGGUCUACUUACUAAAGUUAAUUCGUUACAUACUUCAAAUUUGCAUUGUUUCAAAAUAUAAAAGAAAAUUUAGAAAAUAGCCAUGAGCAUUGAUUGAAGAAUUUUUAAACAAAUUCUGUCUGACAUGUCGGCCCAUUUUUCUAAACAUUAUUUAUAAAACUGAAAAGUUUUCUUUUUUCUAUGAUUUUAUAACUAUUUAAAUGAGGCUCUACACAAAAUAUUGUCAAUUUAAAAAGAUUGGAGCACUUAAAGAGUCUUAAAAAAAAGCCAGAAUAACUUAUGUUUACAUGUUCUUAACAGACAUUAAAAGCAACAAUAAUGUGCGUAAAUCAUGUUAGCAGGCAGCUGGCGAUAUAGAUGCCAACAAGAAUUCAAAAAAGCUUAAUAGUUGGUUUGUUGUGUAGUGAAUCAACAAGUACUUGCACUUUUUAUUUUGAUGGUUUCUUUUUCCUGCUCAUCUUAAUUUUUGUAUAUAUGACAGAUUAACGCGGAUUAAUUUUAUUGCCAAACAUAGAAAGUUAUACAGUAUUGGUUAUGUAAAAUACUCAUCAAGAACUGGAAGACAAGACCAUUUGA